AGGCUUUGGCGGACGAAACCACCCUUAACCAGUGAAAGAGGGCGGGGAGUCCCUUGCUGUAACCAUGGUAACGUGGUGGGGCGAGGCAUCGACCCAAUGCGACCCUGUGAUUGGUGUUGGUACCGGAAGCGGAAAUAACACAAAGCUGGCGCCAAAAUAGAAUGGCUGAAGUAUAUCAAUUGCCCUGGCACAGCAGGUGCUGAGUUUAAUUCACAGUUUGCAAUUUCAGUCACAUGGUAACAUGAGUAACGAAUUAAGAGGUAAAGGAUCUGGACGAGGAAGAGGUGGCUUUCAAGGCUGGAGAGGAAGAUGGCGAGGAAGAGGAGAUGGAGGAAGAGACUGGAAAAGAAACACUGGAAAGUCUGAGUCUGCACAACCUCGAUUAAUUCAGUCAACACUGGACCAGAUUACUCCAUAUAAAGGGUGGAAGCUUUAUUUCUCUGACGCUUAUGAUGGCAGCUCUCCUUUUGUCCAGAAGAUUCAAGCAUUUGAAAAGUUUUUUACACGUCACAUUGAACUUUAUGAUAAGGAUGAAAUAGAAAGAAAAGGGAGUAUUCUUGUGGAUUACAAAGAGCUGAUACAAGAUAAAGAGUUAAUUGAAUUGAUACCAAGUAUAUCUACUGAUUUAAGGGAUAUGCCUCAGAAAAUACUGGACUGCAUGGGUUUGGCAAUACAUCAGGUAUUAACUAAGGACCUGGAAAGGUAUGCAGCUGAACUACAGGAACAAGCAGGAUUACCUAUUGAUGAAGAACCUAUAAUAAAUGUGCCACAUAUUCAUGCACGGGUGUACAACUAUGACCCAUUGACUCAACUGAAGAAUGUUCGGGCUAAUUGUUAUGGGAAGUAUGUUGCUUUGCGUGGCACUGUCGUGCGUGUCAGCAACAUUAAACCUCUGUGCACCAAGAUGGCCUUUAUAUGCAGCACAUGUGGGUAUAUUCAGAGUUUUCCUCUGCCUGAUGGAAAAUAUUCCCUUCCCACAAAGUGUCCUCUGCCUGAGUGCCACGGACGAUCGUUCACUGCAGAUAGAAGCUCUCCUUUAACAAUUACGGUGGACUGGCAGUCUAUUAAGGUUCAGGAACUCAUGUCAGAUGAUCAGCGAGAAGCAGGUCGAAUUCCUCGCACAAUAGAAUGUGAGCUGAUUCAGGAUCUUGUAGACAGUUGUGUCCCAGGAGAUAUGGUCACAAUUACAGGAAUUGUUAAGGUGUCAAACGCCGAAGAAGGAGCAUCUAGAAACAAGAAUGACAAAUGUAUGUUCCUGUUGUACAUUGAGGCAAACUCUGUCAGCAAUGGUAAAGGACAAAAAGUCAUGAAUUCUGAAGAUGGGACUAAUCACCGAGUAUGCAUGGAGUUUUCACUUAAAGAUCUUUAUGCUGUUCAAGAGAUUCAAGCUGAGGAAAAUCUGUUCAAGCUAAUUGUCAACUCACUUUGUCCUACUAUCUAUGGCCAUGAGAUUGUAAAGGCAGGUUUGGCACUGGCAUUGUUUGGAGGAUGCCAAAAGUAUGUGGAUGACAAAAACAGAAUUCCAGUGCGAGGAGAUCCGCAUCUUCUGGUGGUUGGAGAUCCUGGAUUGGGAAAGAGUCAAAUGUUGCAAGCAGUAUGCAAUAUUGCCCCUCGCGGUGUGUACGUUUGUGGCAAUACCACCACCACCUCUGGCUUGACUGUGACUCUAUCUAGGGAUAGUACCUCUGGGGAUUUUGCUUUGGAAGCUGGUGCUCUGGUACUUGGAGAUCAAGGUAUUUGUGGAAUAGAUGAAUUUGAUAAGAUGGGGAGCCAACACCAAGCUUUGCUGGAAGCUAUGGAACAGCAAAGUAUCAGCCUUGCUAAGGCUGGCAUUGUUUGCAGCUUGCCAGCUAGGACAUCUAUCAUUGCUGCAGCAAAUCCAGUUGGGGGACAUUAUAACAAAGCUAAAACGGUCUCUGAGAAUUUAAAAAUGGGGAGUGCCUUAUUGUCCAGGUUUGACUUGGUAUUUAUCCUGCUGGACACUCCGAACGAAGAUCAUGACCAUUUGCUCUCUGAACAUGUGAUGGCAAUGCGAGCUGGAAAACAAGCAGUACACAGCAGCGCUGUAGUGAUUCGCACCAACACACAGGAUUCAAACACCUCCAUUCUUGAAGCAGUCUCAGAUAAACCAUUAUCAGAAAAACUAAAGGUCAUGCCUGGAGAAAAUUUUGAUGCCAUUCCACACCAGCUAUUGAGGAAGUAUGUUGGAUAUGCUCGGCAGUAUGUCCACCCAAAGUUAUCUCCAGAAGCUGCUCAGGUCCUCCAGGAAUUCUACCUUGAGCUCCGGAAACAGAACCAAGGGGUGGACAGCACACCUAUCACCACAAGGCAACUAGAGUCACUGAUUCGGCUUACAGAGGCACGAUCAAGGCUGGAAUUAAGGGAAAAAUCAACCACAGAAGAUGCCAAGGAUGUAAUUGAAAUAAUGAAAUACAGCAUGCUAGGAACUUACUCUGAUGAGUUUGGGAAACUGGACUUUGAGCGUUCACAGCAUGGUUCUGGGAUGAGCAAUAGGUCACAAGCAAAGAGAUUUGUUUCUGCACUCAACAAUAUUGCAGAAAGAACCUACAACAAUCUCUUCGCAUUUCAACAGCUUCGGCAGAUUGCAAAGGAGCUACAAAUAAAAGUAUCCGAUUUUGAAAGCUUUGUUGGCUCUCUAAAUGACCAGGGUUAUCUUUUGAAAAAAGGUCCAAGAGUUUAUCAGCUUCAAACUAUGUGAAGGAACCACCACAAUGGAAGCAAAUGUUCUUGAGGCACAGUAAUUCUAUUUGAAAUGGAAUAAUUGGUGGACGUGGUGCCAGAGGAGUCCAUUACCCUAUAACCUGCAGUCUACUAAGGAUAUUCCUAAAUGUUAUAGAUGUCCAAAGCUUCUAUUAGCUGAGACAUGACACUCCCAGAAGAACUACCCUUUUAAAAGCAAUACUUUCAGGAAUGAGUGACACUACCAUAUUUACUUCCAGAAGUGUUAUUAGAGAAGAUGAUAUUUUGUGCUGCCAUUUGGAGGUACUGUAGUUCAAAUAAGAGUUAUUUGAGAUGAGGAUCUCCAUCAUCAAAGAUAAUAGCACGAGGAGAAUGUGUAUUUACAUUCAUCCUAACAAAAGGACAAUCAUAGAUUUUACUUCUAGUUCAAAUAACUCAUGAUGCCUGAAUAAAUGAAUAGAAAUGUUACAGAAAGUAUUUUCUCAAUCAAACGGUAAUAUUGAAAAAAUUUGAGAGUAACCCAGAUUUUAGCAGUGUAAUUAAAUCAAUUAAAAACUUCAGCACUAUUUUGAAAUGUUUUCAAGAAAUUGAUAGUUUUCAUGCUGAGGCUCCAUGCAAUGUAUAGUUUUAAGGAAUGUGAUAUUUAAUUGAAA